UACAUAGAUUUUCCUAAAGAUACACAGAAGGAUUCCUUAUUUUGAACCUGAGGCUACUUUCUUGAAUAAGAAAACUGUUAAGCUUGUCUUCAGAUCAUACAGGAAGAGCAGCAGGCCAACUAAUAUGUUCUAAUGUACAAUAGGCUACAGGCUGUGAAGUAUCUUGGCAGUAGACUCAGGAGCUAAGGGGCAGAGGACUAAAUAAAUUUUUAGAGGUUGCCAUCAACAUGCCAAGCCAGUAAGACUGAAUGCCGGGUCAGUUUUCAAGGCCUAGGACGACAGCCACAGCUUACUGGGUCUUGAACUCUAGAGAGCCAGGCUUUGCUAAGAAAAGCAUUACCUUACCCACCACCUUUGUUCACAGCUUAAUGGAGUUUGUGACAGCUCUGGCAGACCUCCAAGCAGAGGUUAGCUGUCCUAUUUGUCAGGACUAUUUGAAAGACCCAGUGACCAUUAGCUGUGGGCAUAACUUUUGUCUCUCCUGCAUCAAUAUGUCCUGGAAGGAUCUAGAUAAUAGUUUCCCUUGUCCUUUUUGUCACUUUUGCUGUCCAGAAAGGAAAUUCACGAGCAAUCCCCAGCUGGGUAAUUUGACUGAAAUUGCUAAGCUACUCCAGAUAAGAAGAAGCAAGAGGAAAAGGCAGGAGGAGAUGCGUGUAUGUGAGAAGCAUAAUCAGGUUCUGACCUUUUUCUGUCAGAUGGACCUAGAGGUUUUAUGUCCACGGUGCACUUUCUCCACUGAUCACCAGCACCACUGUGUUUGGCCCAUAAAGAAGGCAGCCCCCUAUCAUAGGAAAAAAUUGGAGCAUUGCAAUGCACCAUGGAAGGAAAGAGUGGAACUAAUUGAAAAAGUGAUAACUAUGCAAACCAGAAAAUCAUUGGAACUGAAGAAAAAGGUAAAGCAUAGGAGAGAAGAAAUAAAGUCUGAAUUUGAGCAACUUAAGUUGUUCCUGCAAAAUGAGCAAGAGACUGUUCUCAGACAAUUGCAAGAUGAAGAAAUGGAUCUUUUGGGAAAACUAAAUGAAAACCUAACAAAAAUUUCAGAUCAUGCCUCCUCAUUAAAAUAUUUACUAAAGGAGAUAGAGAGCAAGAAUGUGAAAUCAAAACUGGAAUUACUGGCAAAUGUUAAGAGUAUCUAUCAAAGAUAUAAAAACUUAAAAUGCCCUGAACCUCUUUCAUUCAAAUUAAAAGAACAUGGUUACCAUUUUCCUCCACAAUAUUCUGGUCUAAACAAAAUUAUCAGGCGAUUCCAAGUAGAUGUAAUUCUAGAUCCUGAAACAGCACAUCGUAAACUUAUUGUCUCAGAAGAUAGAAAAACUGUGCAGUAUGGAAAUACAAUGCAAAACUUGCCUCAUAACCCAAGAAGAUUUUAUCUUUGUCCAGCUGUUCUGGGUUCUAAGGGAUAUAGUUCUGGCAGGCAGUACUGGGAAGUAGAAGUGAAAGACAAGCCUGAAUGGAUAAUGGGUGUCUGUAAUGACUCUCUUCCAAGAAGGAGGAAGAGUCAGAAUCAACCAACUUUGGUACAGGAUGGGUUAUGGGGAAUUGGACGGUGUCGUCAGAGUAAUUACAUUGUAUUGGGUCAUAAGAAAAUUAAUCUUCUGCCAAAAGUGCCACCUAGUAAGAUUGGCAUUUUUUUAGAUUCUGAAAUGAGUGAGGUUUCCUUUUACAAUUUGAAUGAUAGAUCACUUCUCUAUACUUGUAAUGAUGAUUUUACAGAAGCACUCUGGCCUUAUUUCUAUACUGGAACAGACUCAAAACCUCUUAAAAUCUGUACAGUGGUAGAUUCUGAUUGAUAACCUAUU